GAGCUUCAGAAUCUGGAAUGUUGAGCUUGCUUUUUCUUGUUCUUCUGUGAAACAAUCAUGGCAGAUUCUUGAUCGAAAAGGGUUUUUUCCUUAACUUAUUGAACAGACCGGGCUAUGGCUUGGAAAUAAAGUUGGUUUCGUAGUUUUCGUUCUGAAUUUCUAGUACUUUUUCUUCGAAAGAGAAUUGAAUGACUCGGAGUUCUUACAGGACCUUUGAAUUUAACAUCGAUAUAGAUUUAGCGUUCUAUUUGAUUGUUUGCUUGAUUUCUCUGUGAUUUGUCUGUGAAAUUCAUUUUAGGUUGUUGGAGAUCUUUCAGAAACCGGGCUUCAGAUAAGGAAUUUCCAAAUUAGGAUUAAUUUAAUGUAACGUUACGAAUUAUGCCUGUUUCUGAAGAAAAUAUUGUUUGGAGGUUGAAUCUAAUAAAGGCAGUUGCCCAGAUGAUGAAGAGUUCUUAUCUCAUGUCUUUAUCAGCUGACUCAUGCGUGUAUUCAAGAAUUAGCUUGAGCUGACACUACCAUGUUUCUUUAUUUAAUUUUUCAAUUAAUUAACAUUCGGGAUAACUCAAAACAUUUUUUUAUGUUGCAUCUGGAUUUUGAGAGUUUCAACCCAAAUAUCUUUCUAGAAGGUCAACUUGCAAAUAAGAUUUAAAUAUUUGAUUGGGCUUUCGCGUUAACUAGUCUGCAGGCAGAAGAAUUAACCAUGGGUUUGUCUUUAUAAUAUUCUAAUUUCUAAAAAGUAUUAUAACUUUAGCUUUUAUCUCCUCGAUCUCAUCUUUUCUUGAGCUUCAAGUAUUCAUUUUUGUGAAAAGAAGAGAGGGAUUCAAAACAAGUUCAUCUUCUUCAUUUUGGGAAUCUCAUAAGGGUGUUGUAACAUAACAACAGAGCAUAUGGACAUGGAGCAAUACUUUGAGGAGGCCAGUUUGCAGAUUAAUACCUUUGGAGAGAACAAGUCUUCUCUGGAAAAUUGGAAGUCUGUUUUGGAUGCCAUGGCAGAAACUCAUUGUGACACCUCUGGGCUCUUCGACUGUAACAUAUGCUUAGAGACUGUGAAAGAUCCUGUCGUUACACUUUGUGGCCAUCUCUUUUGCUGGCCCUGCAUUUAUAAAUGGCUUCAUUUUCAGGACAGCUCUACAGAAAAACAAGGCCAGCAACCUCAGCAAUGUCCUGUUUGUAAGGCAGAAGUUUCUGAUGCUACUCUAGUCCCACUCUAUGGCAAAGGUGAAACUCAAGAUCCUUUCGAAAGCAAGAAUUCGCAGCUUGGAGUCGUCGUCCCUCGCAGGCCUCAGGGUCCUGGUUGCUCUGAGACAUCAAGGCCUACCUCUCACUCAGCUCCUCAAUUUCGGCGGGGAAAUUCUUCUGAUCAAUCAUCAAACAAUUACUAUGCUCAGAUGACAGGAGUGUUUGGAGAGAUGAUUUACGCAAGAAUGUUUGGUGCAAUAACGAAUCACUAUGCAUAUCCCAACUCAUACCCUCUUGUGUGGAGCAGUAGUCCUAGGAUCAGAAGGCAUAUUUUGGCGACCGAUGAAUCACUCAACAGAAUCUGUAUUUUCCUUUUCUGUUUCUCAAUUAUCUGUCUUCUUUUGUUCUGAACCAUAGAUUUUCAUACUACUCCCUGAGCCACUGUAUAAAAAUUUUGAGCUGAAGAACGCUACAUGAUGUGCGGAUUCAGUCUGGUGUAGGGUGUGGGCUGAGUGUUGGUGGCUAUGUUGCCCCUUUCUCCCCCUUGUUCUGCAGUUCAUGUAUAUAAGAAUUUUGCUUACAGCCCUUC